AUGGGGAAGCAAAAGGAGAAAGUCCCACUGUGUGAGAAUCCUUUCCAUAUGGUAAACCCCUUCUCAUCCCAUUUGAAAUUUGCGGAGAAGUACUUCCCCCAAAUCUCCAAGACCAAGAGUGAUAGGAAUGACCCUGUCCUCACCUUUGAGGAUUCCUCCACAGGAUUGAUCUGGCACUUCCGCUUUAGUCUAUGGUGCAGUAGCACCACCUAUGUCCUAACCAAGGGUUGGCCUACCUUUAUCAAGGAGAAGAAGCUCAACAAUGGUGACAUUGUGUUCUUUUACCGCAGUGUUAGUAAGUCUACGGGCACAAAUCGCUUCUUCAUUCAUAUCAAGCCCCGUGUCGAUAUCUACUCUAUGCCACAAAACUACACAGUUCUGAUGUUCACUCCAUCUGGCUUGUUGAUUGAUGAACGGGUACGUGAAGGCCUUGGCUUUGGUAGUGGCUACAGAUUUGAGCCAACAUGGAAGCCUCUAUCCUUUGGAUCUGGAGGGUUGAAAUCGUCAAUGACUUUGAUGCCGCAGCCAAAUAUGUCUCCAAUGUCAUUUGGCAAUAGCAUGGGAAAGUCUAGAAAGCGUUUGCGGUUGUUUGGGGUCAACAUCGAUAUCCCUCCUUCUGCUAAUGGUGACGACUUCCGCAACGAGUGGUCCAACGGUGUUGCAUGA